UUUCGGACGGCCGUUUUUUCGCGUACUGUAGUAGUCUGUAACCAGCUGGGGCAGGUUACGAAAAGCGGACAUAUUCGCGCAUUACGAGGCAUUGCGACUCCGAUUGCGACUCAUAUCCUAUGGGGUGUGCACGAAGGCCGAACACAGGCCGAACAGGGAAAAAAUGCUGACGUCCAUUCGCCGCCAUGUUACUCGAGUAACAGCCGGACACCGCUUCCCUAUCGAAACCCCGCGCAGAAAGUCCGUACCGCAGCGUUGUCAUGCAACAGCCAUUAUCCCAAAGGCAGCCACUUACCUAUCCAGAGUGACUGAUCCAUGGCUGAACUUGGCGUUUGAGGAAUGGCUCUUUCGAAACCCCGAGCUGCCCCCACAUAUACUGUAUCUGUGGCGGAAUACCAAGUGCGUUGUCGUUGGGAAGAAUCAGAACGCAUGGAAAGAAUGCAACUUGAGACGGAUGCAGGAAGAUGGAGUACCGUUGGUACGACGGCGGAGCGGCGGAGGCACUGUGUACCAUGACAUCGGCAACACAAACUACACGAUCAUUAUGCCGCGCGACGUCUUCGACCGCCGCACCAACGCCGAGCUUGUCACCCGCGCCUUGCUCCAGCUCGAUAUUCCCGCGUCGGUCAACGAACGGCAUGAUAUUGUCGUGGACGGGAAGAAAGUGUCUGGGUCGGCGUACAAGCUUGUCAACACGAAGGCGUACCAUCAUGGAACUAUGUUGAUUGAUUCGGAUUUGAAGGCGUUGGGGACGUUUUUGAAACCGCCCCCGAAAAACUUGGUCGGGAAGGGUGUGGAGUCUGUUCGAUCGAAGGUUACGCGGUUACGAGAUCACUCGUAUACGAUUGACCACCUAUCCUUUUGCGACGCCGUGGCAACCGAGUUUCUGAAGUAUCACCAAGUGCAGGCGACACAUCCCAUAGAAUUGACAGCAGACUACAUGGCAAAGAUUCCAAAAAUCAAGGAGUACUACGAUGAGAUUCGGACAUGGGAAUGGGUCAACGGGCAGACCCCAGAUUUCGCGCAUAGGCUAGAGCAUUCUUUUCCUUGGGGCGAUGCGGACAUACACCUGAAAGUGCACCGCGGGAUCAUCACCGAAGCCUCUGUGAACCUAGGAGCCGACCACCACGCGGCAGUCGCCCUGCGAUUAUCCGAGAGUCUAGAAAAUAAGCGAUAUGACGCGGAUGGAGUGGACGAGGCUUUUGGGAUAUUUGAUUUGGCUGAGCCUUCCAGUCGCGUGCUUGAGGAGCUUGCUGAGUUGAGGGAGUGGAUUAAAAGGACGCUAUAGGACGCCGGUGUGCAGGUUGUGGAACUCGAGUUGCCGAUGUUAGAUAGGCUCGAGGUGUAGAUAGCGAGGGAGCUGCCCAACAGUAGAGCUGUGUGAAACAUGAUACACUACAGUCUGAGCGUUUCAUUGUACAUCAGUCAGAACGUGAAAAAGCUGCCGUGCCUUGGGAAAGGUGAAAUGUGCUAGCGCCGUUGCAUAUCGUGGACAGCAUUCCAACCAAA